CCCAUAACCCUCCUCCCGGAACAAAUCCUUCCUAAAAAUAACUAAAACUGCAGGCCAGGGCUGGUCCCACACUGCCUGCUAUCAGGGGCUACCAGAUCAGAGGGGAGCUGAGCCAAACUAGCCAGACAGCAGCCAUGCAGAGCAAUCUUCAGGAGGAGCUGGAGCUGGAGAAAAGUGUUCGCCGCUUGCGAGAGAAAUUUUAUGGCAAAAUUUCAGUGGAGAAGGCAGUUUUGCUAAUGAGAAAUUUUGUUAACAACCACGACCAAGUGUGUCGAUACAUCAUUAUGUGCAAGGAUGAACUUGAUGCUAUUGGUCCUGACGAGAUUAACAGUUUAAGAAAUGACAUUGCUGCAAUGAAUGUCAUUAACAAUAUUAACAAUGACACCACACCACAGGUACAGACAACGACAGACAAUGACAUCAAGGACAUUGCCAGGCAGUUGACACAACUUCCUCUAACCGAGAGGAAUUUAAGAAUGUUUGAUAAUGCUUCUGCGAACCGCAUUCCCUCUGAAGACAGACAGUUUGCCUGCAAGGAUUGUGAUAAAAUGUGGUGGCGUAGGGUACCAGAGAGAAAGCAGGUUUCCAAAUGCCACAGAUGCAAGAGAAAGUUUGACCCGAUUCCCCGAGACAAGAUGUGGGGAAUAGCUGAGUUCCAGUGCAUGGCCUGUAACCGUUCAUUCAAAGGACACGCGCAGUUUGGGGUGGCCUCUCCGUGCUAUAACUGUAGCAGUGCCACCAUGCCCAGCCGUAUUCUUCCUCCACGCAGGAACACUGGUCCACGAUCUCGCAACCAGCACAGCUGCUACGCUGUGGAUUGUUACAACCGCAAGGAACCUCAUGUUAUCGGCCUAUUUUGUGUUCACCCAAGGAGCCGGGCCAGGAACAAUCUCUGCAAAGUGUUGCUUGGCAGUGAACCUCAUAUCAGUACAGGGUCGACUGUGGCUACCUGCCUGAGUCAAGGAAGCCUAACACAAUGGGAUUUGGAUGAUAUCAUCAUGGAUGAUAUAAAUGAAGAUAGAGAAGAUUCGGAUAAUUAAACCAGAAAAGGACUUACUGCUUCCCCUGUAUAUACCCUCAUUGAUUUUCGGUAUAGUGAAUACCUGCAUGCAGUGGGAAAGCUUUGAGACACAAUCUUCUCUCUGGUUGUAAGUGAUUGUUUUUGUUAGGUCUAGGUGUAUGGUGCAAUAUAGAGGGACAAGUUAUCAGCAUUCUAUGUUUAAGCAUGCACCUGUACGCAAAUCAUUGUUGUAAGUUUGUCAGAGAAUCAGCUCCUGUUGGUCACUAUGAAGAAAAAUUUUUUCAUACCACAAUCAUUCAGUAUAUGGGACCAUUUUUCUAAAACACCAAAUCUAAUCAGGCCUUAUACGUUUUUAAGAUUUCAGUACAGUUAGAGGAACCACUUUGGGUUUAUCUCUUAUUUCAUGGGAACUAGGGGAUAAACUACAGUCUGGAAGAGCAUCAUGGUAGUUGUAGUUGACUGACGUGGUGGUGCCUUUGAACAGCCCUGAUAAAAAGCUCCUCAGACCUUUACUUACAUAGGUUUCAUAGCAGAGGUGGCCCAGCUGUUGUGAUUUCCCAUGAUGGUUUGCAAGCCUACGACUUGUGUAGGAGUGCACAAUUUCUAAAAGAUUUUCUCUAAAUGAACCGAACAAUCUUAAUUUUAUAACUUUGCGUCUUUCAAUCAGGUGAUAUGCCAUUAAAAGUAAACAGUCAUUACUUUGUUUUCAAGCCUAGAUAAUGGUUUUGGCAGGACAUCAUAGCCAGGACAGUGCUUACAUUAGGAAAACGCACAUCCAGGAAUACAACAUUAAAGAAACAUACAGUUUAAUACAAAUUUGUAACUUUGCACAAAAUGUUGCUAGUGAAUACAGUGAUUUACACACAAGAUACGUUCCUGAUUGGUUCUCUUUAACAUUUUCAUAUUGUUGAUUCCAAUUCUAACAUUGACUUCUUUCGUUGAAAUUUGAACGUUAAAAAAAAAAAAAGAGCAUUGUAGAUGCCAUGUUUGGAUUCCCAUCAUGCUUCAUGCUUCAAAGGAGUUUGUCAAUCUGAUUGGCUUUCGUACUCCAUAUACAAUUUUCUUGGAAACUAAAAGUUUGUCUUAAAUGGUGUUA